UGUUGUGACACUAACACUUGUUGGGUUGAGUUGUUUUUUUUGUUGGUGAAAUAUGGCAAGCAUAGAGGUGUUAACAGAGAGAUUCGCCACUUAUGACAUAAUGUACAGUCAGGAUUUGAGGGUACAGAGCUUUGCUGAUUGGCCUUUCAGAGAAGAAUGUAACUGCACACCUGAAAAGUUGAUUAAUCAGGCCUUGCAUGGGCGAACAUCCCUCUUCAUUGUUAUCAGUCACAACGUGCUUCCUCUUCAGAUGGCUAAAGCUGGCUUUGUCCACUGCCCCAGUCAGAAUGAACCUGAUGUUGCCUGCUGCUUCUUUUGCCUGAUCGAGCUGGAGGGCUGGGAACCAGACGAUGAUCCUUGGACAGAGCAUGCAAAACGCUCCCCAAACUGUGGAUUCUUAUCUAUGAAGGAAACCUUCAAUGAGCUGACUGUGUCUGCAUUCUUCAACCUGGAAAAAGAGAGGCUCAAAGUCUUUAUUAGAAAAAUCUGUCACAAGAAGAUGGCGCAAAUGCGUGACGACAUGCUUCAUGUUGUUGAAGGGCUUAAAUCUCAGCUAGAAUCCCUUUGAUUAUUCUUUUGAAAUUUCAGAUCCUGCAGGAACUUUAGUGAGCACCUUUGCAGUACCACCUUCAACCACAAGAUGGUGCUUUAGACCUUAAACUGUAACCUGAUCACUGAAAAGGGGCUUUGUUAAAUCCUCAGUUUCACUGGAAUUUUUAAUUAAUGCCAACUAAAACGUAAAUUCGCAUUGAGAGGGAUUAUAAUGAAGCGUAUAUUCCUCCUACUCUCCCCCCCCACCCCCAACCAAAUACUCACCAUUUUCAUGAAUGUGCCACCAUCUCAACCAUGUCUUUUCAAACCUUGACCCUGGACAGAUGGCCUGGAGCCCCUCCUUUUGAAUACCAACUGUUGCCCCAGUAACAUCUGUUACAUAUAGGAGGACAGUGUGCACCAUGAGCUUGGCUGGACACUUGACAAACUCCUAAGAUGAAAAACAAAAAACUCUGGCAGUGAACAUGCAGCUGACGGUGCAAGAAAGUCGGAAGGUGCUGAUGCGACAAAUCCAAGAAGAUGCUGCUGGACAGUACCGCUUUAGAAUUUUAAGAAUCAAAGAUUUUCUUUGCCAAACCUAUGGAAGAAUUCGUUUAUGAUGCAGCAAAGACUAUAUUUUAGCUUCAGGUCAUGUUUGAUUGUUGAGUGAAAUGAAUAAAGUACUAGAUUAAAGAUGCAGCUCUUUCUCCAAUGUUCCUCUAUUCUGGAUUAACGUCUAAUGUAACACUCUGGCCACUGAGCUCAGAUCAGCUGCUUAAUUCUCCUUUAUCCGCUCAAUGCAGGGCGAAUUGAAGAGAAUAUUUUUAGACGAAGUAAAAUACUCGAUGUGAUGCAACAAUUCUAAUAAAACUGUUGUGUAUCUGA